AAUCCGAAUUCUCGAGCGAAGGCGGUAUGGGUCCUUGGUGACUUGCCAAUCAAAGCACCGCAUCGAAAAUACAAACUACGAUUAGUUAAUGACAAUUGUCAUGAUUGUAUUAUCUUUGGAAGGGCUUGAAAGGUCACUUAAGUUCUGUCUCCAAGAGAUGUUUUGGAGGUCAAGCCUUUCACCCCCAAAAUACGUACCAUUAUUUGAGUGAAACUUAACGGGAAUUCACAUCCAGAGUAAAAUUUAAAUUCAUGAUUGUGAUUAGCGUUCUGUUCAAGUUUGGUUUCACACGUGCUAACAAUUCGUCAUUAGCCUUAUUUUCACUGGAAUCAUUGUUAAAUUUACGAUUUUUUUUACCGUGUGAAAAGGCGGUUUGUAGAUAUCUCUCUCACAUACCCCCAAAGCCACGCCUGCAUAGACCCACGUACACCCUCACCUCUGCUGUUUCGAAGAUGUGAGGACACUCGACUCACACGGUCACCACAAUCCUAAUUCAUUUGCGUUGCAGAACAGUCUGAAAAAUUACGAUGUAUGUUUUCGAUCCUUUUGAAGGAUGUCAUCAUUUACAUUUUUUUUCAGGUAUUCAGAAAAUUGACUAUCUCUCAAAAUUAGCAAACUCUAUAUCAAUCAAUAUGCUCAGUGUAAAAACAAUUGAAAAAAAGCACAAAAUUGUUACUUUAUAAGCUUAUACUAAUACUUGACAUAGUGAAUUCAUCAUCUUAUUACGAAUGCUUUUCUAUCAUUUGUCAUGCAGUCUCCUGAUGCCACCAUGCCUGUCUCUCUCAGUGUUUGGCGUGCCAGGAUCGGCACGUACAUGCGCCGUAAGCAGAAAGUAUAUGACUACUUCUACUACCUGAGGAUGUAUGUUUAUGGUCUUAAAAUAAUUGAAAAGGCGAAGAAAGCAGCUGAACACUCAAAAGAAAAUGAAAAAGGCAAUCGCCACAAAUCGUCUUUUAAUGGCUCUUCAACUGGUGAAAAUGGCAAAACUGGUAACGCAUCAUGUCGCCAACAUCCGCCUUCUAACGACGUAAACCUGAAACCCGCCCGAACUGAAUCUUCAGGUGACCGUGGCGUCAAUAGUGGCAAAGUUGAAGCAUGUUCUCAGUCAGGUUACGUCGUGGACAAUGGCUCUUCUUGUCAUACCAAAGGCCCAGAUCACAUCGCUCAGGAUAGAUCUAAGUGUGCCGCUGGUCGUACACUUGCAACACAUCCAACAAGUUCAACCAAGAAGAGAUCCACUCCUGUCGCUGAUCCUUCUAACACCAAGGUUCCAGAGCCUUGUGACAUUGAUGAGUUGGACAUGAGAUACAUCACCAUUCAUGGCGUAUCACAUGCUAGCCUAUGCGAUUCAACUCAAUUAAGUGAACCGGACCAACCUGGUGUCACAUCGGAGGUAUACUCACAAGUAGCUAGACACAACACUGGCCAUCAAGACGUCUGCAAGCAGAACAAGGAGAAACCAAACCCGUUAACGUCAGAGAUAGAUGACCUAUCUGCACCUAUUUCUGAACUGGAUACGUCUAGCAAUACUGAAUUCACAUGGUGUACGAGGUCUCCUGAUGCCACCAUGCCUGUCUCUCUCAGUGUUUGGCGUGCCAGGAUCGGCACGUACAUGCGCCGUAAGCAGAAAGUAUAUGACUACUUCUACUACCUGAGGAGGUAUGUUUAUGGUCUUAAAUUAAUUGAAAAGGCAAAGAAAGCAGCUGAACACUCAAAAGAAAAUGGCAAAGGCAAUCGCCACAAAUCGUCUUUCAAUGGCUCUUCAACUGGUGAAAAUGGCAAAACUAGUAACGCAUCAUGUCGCCAACCUCCGCCUUCUACCGAUGUAAAACCAAAUCCCACCAAAACUGAAUCUCCAAGUGACCGUGAGGUUAAAGGUAGCAAAGUCGAAGCAUGUUCUCAGAACAGUUACGUUGUGGACAUUGGCUCUUCGUGCCAUACCAAAAGUCCCGAUAAGAUCGCUCAAGAUAUGUCUUUGAGUGCUGAUGACCGUACUCUUUCAACAUGUUCAACCUGUUCAACAGAACAGGAAUCCGUUCCUGCCCCGGAACCUGCCACGCCCUGUGACGUAGACGACGAGCUGGACCUGAGAUACAUAACCAUUCAUAGUACAUCACCUGUAAACCUCUGCAAGUCAACUCAAGCAAAUAAACCAGACCAACCAGACGGCACAUCGGAGGUACAUGUAGCUACAUCUGUCACUGGUCAUGAAGAUGGCAGUAAUCAUGAGGAGACAUCAAAUCUUUUACCGUCGGGAGCAGCUGCAGAUGACCAAUCUUUGACUAGAUCUGAACCUGAACACACACCAUCGAGACGCAAGGUCGCAGAGCAUCACGGAACACCAAUCUUUGUAGGCAGUAUAUAUUAUUCACUCUGUGGAGAAGCAGAUGAAAUCAAGAGGAAGUGCAAUGCUGUUGUGACCAAUGUGCUCCUACUGAGGUCUGGUGACGUGGAGCCAAACCCAGGGCCAGAUACCAACCCUGGGGAUCUAACUGAGUUCGAACUCAUUCUCCUUGCUGACGGUAUGGAUCCAUCAGAUUUUAGGAAGGUCGGACUAGCUCUAGGAUUCACUGAGGCUCAACUAAGUCGGUUUGAGAGAGAUAACAUUGGCAACACAAUGCAAGCUACCUAUAAGAUGCUUUACGAAUGGCUGAAGACAGUAAAGCAUCAAGAAGCGAGGGAAAUACUGUCCAAGAAGUUAAAAGGCAUCAAUCUGGUACAACUGGCCGACAGUGUACAAAAAGGCCAGGUCGGUGAUCACAUAUUAUCAAUGACAGAAGAGGAAGUCCAACGGGUCAUCAAAGAGGUCAAAGAAUAUUCUGCACUUCAUCACUGUCAGAUUCAAGCCGAUCCACUGAACAGCAGCCUUCUGUUUCAAUUAGACCGGAUCUUCACCAACUUAACUUUGCUGGAAGAAGACAAAGGAACAACUUUAAAGGCACCGAUACUCUACGCAGACCUGCUCAAGACUAAAGUCAACGGAGUCCUUCCUAAACGUUUGUUGAUUGAAGGUGAAGGUGGUGUGGGGAAGACAACUCUUUGUGCAAAGAUUGUAUGGGACUGGAUUCAUGGAGACUGUUAUCAAGAUUUCACAUUGGUUCUUAUCGUCCUUCUACGUGAAUUGGAGGGCAAGACUCUUGGAGAGAUAAUAAAGUCUUAUCUCCCAGACGACAAUAUGGUUACAGCCAUGCAGCUAAAUAAGCACGUCUUCUCCCAUCAGAAAGACGUCUUUCUUGUUCUGGACGGCCUAGACGAGUUAGCUGGUGAUCUUAACAACUCUCAUCAAAUCGCUCUUAUCAUCCUCAAUCAGCUGUUUAAGUCAGGAAGAGUGCUAAUCACAUCUAGAAGAUGGCGAUCAGAUGAGAUACGGAUGAAAUCGGAUCUUAGAAAGGUGUAUGCAUUCAUUGCCGUGGAGGGUUUCUCUGAUGAAAAUCUCUCUUCCUACGUCACAAAGUUCUUCCAUCCAGACAAAACUCCAGCUGAGGAGUUGACCCAAUUCAUAUCAAACAACGAUGUCAUCAGAGAGAACAUGGCCCCUUACCCCAUAUACACAGCUAUGCUAUGUAUCAUGUGGAAAGAAUUCGAUGGAGCGCGUCGCAUAGCAAUGUCGAAAUUACAAACAUUUUCUCAGCUCAUUAAUGAGAUGGUCCAAUUUUUGGUCGAUCAUUAUCUCUCAAAGCUCGGUCUGUCCGCAAUAGACAAGGAAUGGCGUGUACAGCGUGCAGAAAUACUUCUCCAUCUAUCCAACAUCGGUUGUCUUGCCUUCCAGGGGCUCAUGGAAAGGCGAUUGGUGUUCACUGAACAAGAGUUCAAGAGCUGGCCCGGGUGUAUUAACACAGGUUGUCAAGUUGGAGUACUCACUAAACAAGCACCGAUCCUUCAGAGGAGAAGCAGAAUGUAUCAUGCACAUUCCGCAGACUCAUCUGUGCAGUUUCCCCAUAAGCUGUUUCAGGAGUAUCUAUCAGGGAUGUAUCUCGCAUCUCUUCACAACUCAAACAGAAGCGAGUACGACAGGUUGAUGAAGCAUAUACUAGUAGUCGGAAAUGCACGUGAAUUCCGGGAGCUUCUAUACUUCACUUCGGCCCAACAGAAGGAGGUCGGAUUGGAUAUCAUAACUCAUCUCAUACCAUCAACAUCAACACGACUAAUGGUAUAUGGACGCAUCGACGCUUACUUCAUUGUUGACGUAGCCUAUGAGAGUCAAGACCAAACAGUGGCCAAAGCUGUGGCAGAUCAUCUAUCGACUUCAUCCAGCAACACACUUGAGAUCAUGAAAGGGAUGCAGGCCCACACGGUAUCAGGACAUAUCUUCAUCAUGAAUCAUCGUAAAGUGGAAAAACUGGUAAUUAAAAAGCCGUGUGGACGGACUGCUUCAGAGGACCUGGCUGAAUGUAUGUGCUCCUCAAACACCCUGAGAUCUGUGACUAUCGAUAUUUCUGACGACCAAGCGGAUACACACAUGCAUGAUGUGUUCUACUCGGUGCUUGCUCGUAAUGCCUCUAAUACAAAGAUUGAGCGUCUUGAUAUCAAUUACGUUGAUCUCAGUCAGUGUCAGUCUGCAUCACGUGAUCUCGCUCAGUUCAUUUGUAAGAUGCCUCAUCUCAGGGAACUUCGUCUCGGUUAUGGAGACUACAGUCCCUCAUUUCAUGACGAGUUCUAUACAACGUUAUCAUCAUUAGCAUCGUCUGCAAAGAUUGAGAUUCUUCAUCACGAUGAGUAUCUCAUCAAACGUGCAUCUGCAUCACGUGAUUUCGCUCAGUUCAUCUGUAAGAUGAAUUAUCUGAAGAACCUCACACUCGACGGUCAGUAUCAUGAUGACUUCUACUCAACAUCAUCGUCGAUGGCAUCAACUACAAAGAUUGAGCGUCUUGAUAUCAAUUACAUUGAUCUCGGUCCACGUCAGUCCGCAUCACGUGAUCUCGCUCAGUUCAUUUGUAAGCUGACUCAUCUCAGGGAACUUUACCUCGGUAAUCAACUCUCCAGUCCCUCAUUUCAUGACGAGUUCUAUUCAACGGUAUCAUCCUUAGCAUCGUCUGCAAAGAUUGAGACUCUUGAUCACAAUGAUCAUCUCAGUGAACGUCCGUCUGCAUCACGUGAUCUCGCUCAGUUCAUCUGUAAGAUGAAUCAUCUGAAGAACCUCACACUCUACGGUCAGUAUCAUGAUGUCUUCUACUCAACAGCAUCGUCGAUGGCAUCAACUGCGAAGGAUGAAUGCAACACAAGCUCAAAUGUGACUGAUCUGACCGUUACUAAUAGGACACUAAAAGGAUGGCAGGAUUGUGGAUCGAUGUUUGACAUUGUGAAGAGGUUCACCAUAGAGGUAUGGGGCAGGAUCAUAUGUGACGUCUUCCAGAGGAUCCAUCUACCAGCAGCGACAGAGCUCACCGUUCAAGCAUACGAGUAUGAUUGGGAACCGGCUUCUCUCCGCGAUGAUCCCACCUCACUACCCAAUGCUCUCCUCAAGGUCUCAUCUCAGCUUGUCAAGGUCACAUUCACAGAUCUCAACAUAGGUAACGACAAGACCGAACGCAUCAUUCAAGCUUUCAGAUCAACACCCGAUCUCAAACAUCUGAGGAUCCUAAGAUUCAUACGAUGUGGGACUGAUGAGAGAUUAGAUCGUUCUAGUAUUGAUUCCGAUGAUGAACAUAGGAUAACGGUGGAGAUAGAUCAUGGCAAACCAGUUGGUGAGUACUUUCGAGGAUGAAGUUGCGGCAUCGAGGUCAUGACGAAUCAGACGACCUUAAUAUUCAAGUAUGAUGGCAGCCAAGAAGACGCCAUGAGUUAUUUUAUUUCGGAGUACCAUAAUUGGAACAGAUUUACUGAUAAUGAAGAUCCCACACCUCAACCAUUUGUUAAUGUGUCGAUUAAAUUAUGGACCUAUUAGACAUUCAACGCUAUCAUUUCUUUGAUCGAACGAGAUCCGCCGCCCAAUGAUAAUGUGCAUCUUAUUGAGAACAUACAGGUAUUUUGACAAUAUCGACUACCAAGGCGUAUCUCAUUAUUUUCAAAGCACAAAUUUACUGGUUUUAGUUAUGUUGGCUGAUGCCCUGUGUUAGAGAAUGAUUUUCAAUUAAUAUGAUUUAGAUUUGAAGCAGCAAAAUUAGGAAGCAGUCGAUUUUGUGAAUAAAUUAUAUUAUCAUCUUUAUCUGCACACUUCCUUACGAACAUAAUGACCUCAGUAAAAUUGAGAGAUAAACGCUCUCUAUAUGAGCCAUGCAUAAUUUUCUUGAAUAUUAGGAGAAUAAUUUGGAAAAAGGGAUUAUAAAUAUAAAGCAAUUAAUCACAAUGUUGCAUAUAUCUUCAAAAUUGCAUAGGGUAAACCAGAACUGUAUAUUUAUUUUCUAGGAUUUAAGUGAUUUUCAUCCUAUGCGCAUGCAGUUUGGGCAAUAUCGAUGUCUUAUCACAAACUGCUUCUUUCACCUCAAGGCCGAAUCGAAGGCGGAACAUGGUAGGAUGAAAGUAGAAAACAUAUAAACCGAAUGAAAUGCAGCAACAUUGGCCACGGAAUGAUUUUGUUAGGCGGUUGAAGCCCCGCCCCUCCCCCACCGGCCCCGCUUACGCGGACCCUGCAUAAUACUCAUGAGGGGGGGGGGGUGUGCGCAUUCUGGUCGUUAUGCGAAUGAAGAAUUAAUACAGUAACCGACUCAUUAUUCCUGUUGUGUUUCAUUAUCAAGUAUUCCUAUAUGUUAUGUGCCAUUGUUGCAAUCUAUGGUGAUUCAGUGACAAUUGAUUUCCUUAUGUAAAAAAAAAUCCAUAUAUUGGAUAAUAGAAUUAUACGGAUUUAUAACUGUAUUGUUAAAAUAAGCGAUACUCUUUAAAAAGUGUAUAACUUAUUAAACUUUUAUAGAUUACUGAAGCGAUGACCUCGGUUGCCAUGGUGCCAUGGCGGCCUGGUUCUAUACAAAUGAACACAGAAGUAUUGCGAACUGUUCUAUCACAAAGCGCGUGUUUCUCAGGAGAAAAAGGUUGCUAUCGGAAUUUCAUCGCUUGCAACCUUACAAUUAAGAUAACAAUCAGGGACAAAAACAUCACCAUUUUUGCAAAUUCGAAGGUGUAUAAACGAUUGUCAGCUGCGACUCUGUUUAGAACCAACCGGUUCAUUGCCAUGACACCGUGACGUCACAAUUCGGUACUGAAAACGUCGGUCCAUUAUUUUACAUCCGAUUUUGAAGAAAUUUCGCUUGUUACCCUUGUUUUGCGUCCCCUAUUUCAUUUAAAUUUAUCUUCUUGGUGGUGGACGGGUCCUUAAAUUAUUUUGUGACCAACCGAUUCAAAAGAGUCGAAGAUAAAAAGAUACCCAAUCAUAACCGCUGCAGCUGUAAGACCGUCCUAUACCAUGGAGGGUUGUAUUUGAUCGAAUGUUGUCAUAGUUCUAUUAGAUAUUUCAUUCCUACCGAGCAGUUACAACCUUAAAAAAAACAAUGGACGUUCAUACAUAAUUAAUUUCUAAUGCGUGAUACGAUACAUAUUACUCUAUUUUUUUGUUUAAAGAGUAACUUUUCAUUGAACUUUUACAUUGUUAUUAUCUUGUUUAGAAACAAUCAAACAUUCUAAUGUGUGAUAUAAAGAUGAAUCGUCUGUAAAAAGGGUAACUACAUGAUUUGUACCAAACGUAAUAUAAGCAGAGAAAUGCAAACUUCCUAAUAUGUUUGUUAAAAAACAAAUUAUAAUUUUAUAUUGCUCAUUACAUCAUUGGUUCGAUGUCUUGUUUUGUAGCAUUUUAUAUACUGUAGAGAUUGAUGGGAUGACCAAACAAAAACAAAAUCCGAUGAGUUUCUAUCAUCUCAUAAUUUCAUUCAAUUUUUCAUAGCACUCUUUCCAAUUUCCCGCGAUUGCAUAUAAUGUUUUGUUUGUUCAUCUUGACAUAAUAAGCAAAUACAACAUAAACAAUAUUUAAGUACAAUCAUACAAACUGGUUAUGAAUGGAGGAUGCUGUCAAAAAAGCUUGUAGAGAGAUUGUAGAGUGCAUCUUCCUUUUAAAAUAUUCGUGUAAAUAUUAUAAAUAAUAAAACAAAAUCAGAAAAAGGAAACAAAAAACAAUCAAUUGCCUACAAAUCGCACAAAAUUAAAGAGAAAUGACACAAAAUAGAUCAGGAUAACAAUUUUGUCAAGAGAGGGCAGUAAAAUGAAUGCGAAGUACGUGACAAACAUGCAUGGUAAACCUUAAACUGGCGUGCAGGAAAAGAUGGGUAAUCAGUCAUAAAUAGUUCGCUAACGUUGAAGUAAAAAACGGAUGAUGUUCAACAAUCUCAACGAAUUCACAAUAAUACUGGUUACUGCAUUUGUAUCAAAUUACACACAUCGGAUGUAAAUAGUAAAAAAGGUGGUGUCUGUAUAUUGUAAAUACUAUAUUACAUUAACGUCAUUUUAUGUUUUGUUCAUUUCAUUUUCUGAAUUGUUUUGCCUCACUGUAGUUAUUUACUAUGCCCCGCCUAACGAAGUUUGAAAUGAAUUGAAAAGUGGCUCACACACUGGUCUCGAGGUAUAUAUAUUUUGUAUAUGUCACAAAUUGUGUUGUCAUGGUAACAACAUAUAUGUAUCAUAUUUUAACAAUUAUACCAUAGACUUUAUACAAACACUUUGCAGUUUGUAGUGCUUCAUCAUUUUAUAACCAACUCUCAUGAUGUUUAUUAUACAUUGGUCUUGGUGUAAACAUUUUCGAGACAUAUAUUUUUAUGUGUUUGAAAUUGUUGUCAUGGUGACGACAUACAGCUGGGACAUGCAUCCCCUUUAGUGAUAGUUCUAGUUUGUUCUUAUGUUUGAAGUCUACAGUGGCGCGUGACACUCUCGUAUAUACAUUUGUAUGUUUAUAACCGUACAGUGUAAUUUCAUUAAAUUUGUAUAUAGUUUCUCAUAAAGUUUUCUAAGAUUUCUUCUGCUCCGGGUAUGAUCAUCAGCAUGUAAAAUAAUAUUUCAAUUGAAGGUCAUGUACUUGAGGGAUAAUACAAGACUGUUUUAACGUUGUACAUUUUACUAUUCCGAGGCCCAGUUCCGAUGUUCAGUUUAGUUUAAUACUCGAGUUCUAGCCAACAGAAACAAAACCAAAUGCUUAUUGAUGCAACAUGCAACAUGCUGCAUAGAAAUCAAAUCAAUACAUUUGUAUUCUAAAUAUGUUUUUAAAGAAAAAAAAAACCCAUCACAGUAAUAAAGUUGGGCGUGGUCGCAUCUUUACUAACUGUAUUUUCUAACAAGUAUACAAUGUCAUGAAGAAUGUUGCUGCAAGAUUGGUGUGUUUAUGAUGUGUGUUACAUACUGGUUACUAAGUGCUUAUUGUCCCUAACAAACAUCGUGAGUGUUGUUGAUAAAUAAUUGAUGAGUGUAAAUGACGCCUGGAUUUAGCCCUGGAAUUGGAUUCGAUCCUACGACCCUCUAAUUGACAAUGAAGAAUCAGAACCACUAAUAGUCUCUGUUAUCAUCCAGGUUUAUGUUGACUCGUUGAAAUAUUUCGAUUUUGUAUACUCUAUAUUGCUUAAUAUCUUGUGAUUCUUUUUAAUUUGUAAGUUAUGUUUAUAUUGCUAAGUGAAAAUAACGCCUGAGGUAAGAUUCGAUCCGAUGAUUUAAAAGGAAUAAUCAAAACCACUACUAUUAUCUGUUAUCAUCCAGGUUUAUUUUGCCUCGCUGAAAUCGUUUAUACUCCAUAUUGUUUGAUGUUUUGUGAUUCUUUUAAUUUGCAAUUCAUAUUAAUUUAAACAUGUAGGCCUAUUACUAGACAUGAUGCUUUGGUAAGAUCAAGUUCUAUAUAGAUUUUGGAUAUUUUUUAAAAAUCUAUUCAAGGGCAGAAUCAUGAAUGAUUCAUUCUGUGGAGGCAUAUUGUAAUAAUUAAUAUCUAAAUACAUUUAUUAAUCAUGAUCGUUCUAUGUGUAAUAUCACUGUGCUACAGACGGUUUAUUGCCUUAAUUAUCCAUUUAACUAUUAUUUUCUGCCCGUCAAUCAAAAUCUGUUUUUCUACUACAUGUCAUAAAUAAACUGAUUACCGAUGUGUUACAUAUUCAUUGUAUAUUCUUCAUCUACCUAAUAAAGAAUAAAAGACACAAAUAAAUAUUCAACAUUUUUUUA